AUGGCUUACUCUCCACCUCUUCCUCUUCUGCUCCUCGCACCUCCUCUUUCCUCGAAUCACUCUCAUCCUGGUUCCCGUUCCGACGUUUCUGAUGAGUCCACCAGAUCCACAUCAUUAAACACUACAGCUUUACCCCCUUCAUCUUAUAACCGUGGCACACACUCUGUCGAGCAUCUCCUAUCUCUACCGCUCCUUGCUCGCUCUUUCGACCCACGGCGAGACGGCAAGGGAGUCAAUCGACACAUAUUUCAAGGAUCUCACACAAGCUCGGUUCCGUCGUUGAUAUCCAAGAUGUCGACCACACCUCAAGCACCUCCCAAAAAACCUGGUUUCUUCCGACGCAUGUCGCUUUCGUCUUCUCAAACUCGCCCUGAAAUCCGCCCUUCACUUGCUUCGAACGGCUCUUCGGGCUUACUGAACAGGAACUCUGGGCGAUCAGUCUCUGGAUCUCAUCACAGAGACGACAUGGUCGCCGGACCAUCUUAUGAGACUCUUUCGCCAGGAGCUGCUCCUGGUACUUUUCGGAACAGCAGCAACAGACCUCCAGCCACCGCUCACGUGAACGGGAAGUAUUUGGAGCGGGCGCCAAUGUUCGGACAAUGUGAGUAA